AUGGGAAACCACAGCGUGUUCAGCGAGUUCAUCCUCGCCGGGCUGUCUGCUGACCCUCACACCCAGGUCCUGCUUUUCAUGUUAUUUCUGGGGAUCUACCUCCUGACCCUGCUGGGGAACCUGGUGAUGCUGCUGGUGAUCAGGGCUGACUCCCACCUCCACACGCCCAUGUACUUUUUUUUGGGACAACUGUCCUUCCUGGACCUCUGCCACUCAUCUGUCACAGUCCCGAAGAUGCUGGAGAAUCUCCUUUCUGAAAGUAAAACCAUCUUUGUAGAGAGCUGCCUGACCCAGGCCUUCUUAGUGUUUCUCACAGGGGGCACGGAGGCCUGCCUGCUGGCCGUCAUGGCCUAUGACCGCUAUGUGGCCAUCAGCUCCCCUCUGCUUUACGGCCAGAAGAUGAGCUCCCAGCUGUGUGUUGGGCUGGUGUGGAGCUCCUGGGGCCUGGCCUUUGCUGAUGCCCUCACCAAUAUCCUCCUUGCCACCCAUUUAGACUAUUGUAGAGACAAAACUAUCCCCCACUUCAGUUGUGAGCUGUCUUCUCUCUUCCCGAUUUCUUGCUCUGAUACCUCCGUCAAUUUCACACUCCUGCUCUGCUCCUCAGCGCUGCAUUUCUUUGGAACCUUUAUCUUGAUUGUCUUCUCUUACGUCCGAAUUGUUUCCACCAUCCUGAGGAUCAGCUCCACCUUGGGCAGAAGCAAGGCCUUCUCCACCUGCUCCUCCCACCUCACCACUGUAAUCUUGUUCUACUGCUCUGGCUUUCUCAGCUAUCUCUUGCCAACCUCAGACUCCAACAUAGAGGUCAUCUUCCCUUUACAGUACAGUGUGUUUACUCCCAUGCUGAAUCCCCUCAUCUACAGCCUACAGAACAAGGAGGUAAAGGCAGCCAUGAGAAGAAUCUUUAGAAGACAUGUCAACUCUUACACAUAG